UCUACAGGGAAUUCUACUCCUAUUUGUAAAUUCAAAAUGACAUUUAUUGUAGAAAUUCACAGCCCUUUUCAAUUUGAAUGAAGCACAGUUAGCGUGUAUCAUAGCUGUUGAGUUUCUCUCUUUUACCCUCACUUUUCGUUUCGAUGCGUGUUUCAAUCGAAUCGCAGCACGCGUGUAAAUCAUAGUUACGCAAACGCAAACCAUAUUCGCCACGUGUUCUCUUGUAGAAGCUGAUUGAAGUUACAGAAUAACCCGAUCCCGGCCACCAGAACCAUGUCCUCCGAAGUUGUUGUGACCAAGCGUAUCUCGCAGCUGAACCAAGAGUCUCGCAAUUUCCUCAUUACCGGGGUCAUCAUAGCGAAAAGUGAACCAAAAUUUUUCGAAUCCACCCCUGGAAAACGUUCCGGAAGCGAGUACUCGACGGGACGUGGCGUCCUGACCGUGACCAUCCGUGACAGUGAUCGGGACACGAUCAAUUGUACCGUUUGGGGAUCCCAAGUGAUGAUUGAAUCUUACGACGGUUUGUUUCACAUUGGCGACGUCGUAAACGUGACAAAUCCGAAAGUCCUCCCGUCGUCCCAGGACAAAUCCGAACAGUUCAACCCCAGAUCCAGUUCUCCGUUCAGUUUAAGUAUAGGGGAGGGUGGCGAUAGUGGAAUUAGGUUGUACGAAGGAACUGCUCUUGAUCAGUUCAGAAAGCUGGUGACCGUUGCUCCGGUUCUGUCAUCGGAUACUUAUCCCCUUGCGGACAUCGCAUCCGGUGGACACAGCAUCAGUGGCCAGAAUGUGAACGUGUUGGUUGUAGUCCGAGCCAUCCGACCGAGUAAGCAGAUCGUUAUCGCCAAGACGGGAAAACUGAAGAAUCUACGCGAAGUGAUCGUUAUGGAUGCAAGCCAUGGAGGGAUGUCUAUGAAGUUCUGGAACAGCGAAUACGUCCAGCGCAUCGACAAAUGGAUUCCGAUGACGACGGUCCUACUGAUAAUGGACGUCAGAAUCGAGUACAAUCAGUACCACAAAUCUGUCUGCCUUGGAAUGAGUGGCAAAACGAUCAUUACCGAAGAUCCGGCCGUCGAGGAAGCUGAUCAGCUGCUUCUACACGUGAUGAAGGCGCCUCUCAGUGAAUCGGAUUUUGCCCAAUCGCUCAGUGCUGCUGGAACUGUUGAUCCGAUGAAUAUUACGACUGUCAUGACCGUGCAGCAGAUUCUGGAUCGUGCUGAGGGAGAUCUCAAAGGCGAGGAAGAUCAAUUCACUGCCCUGUGCUAUGCAGUUGUUUCAAGGUUCGAUCUAGACGGGUGUUCAAAGAUCAUCAGUCGCAAGUGUUUGACCUGUAAAUCGCUGCUACGAAUGACGGAUCCAAAGUGUCCCCGUGAGGAAUGUUCGCCAAAUCCCUACAACAUCCAUAAGUACUUCGAUAUUCCGGUUGACAUCACGGAUCACACCGGAACGUUGAACAACUGCCGAUUGGUCAGCCAGGCCGCCGAGAAUACACUGGAUUGUAACAUUGAAAGCUUCUUGAAAAUGGGAGACGUUCAGAAGGGGAAGCUCAAGUGGCGGUUUUUGCUGGAGAGAUGCGCCCUCAAAUUGGUCAUCAAACGGAAGUCGCCUAUACGCUUCCAGUCGGUUUACUCAAUCGUGGAAUGCACCAUCGCCAAGCCGCAAGAAGUUGAAUUUAAAAUCAAAGUCUAUUGAUUAGGUAUGGAAGAAUAGUUACCAUGGAUUGUGACGAAAAGAUACUUUCGUCAUCAAAAUAAGACUGUUACA